GUUCCCCAAAACCAAUCCAACAAUUUCAACCCAACAAUUCAACACCACAAAGCUUUUCUUCACACGCCACCGUGGCCACUCCAAAACAAAUAGCCCCCUCCUCCAUUCCCCAAUCUUUCUUCUCCUCACUCAUCUGUCUCCCCUCCACGCGCACACAAUUUAGCUCAGUACUCUUCCUUUCCCUUCCCUCCUUUCUCUCCCCAAACACCGCAAACUCUCUCUCUCUCUCUCUCUUCAGCUCCUCCACCGCGCACCACCAUGUCGGCCAAGGACUGUGGCAGCCACGGCCACAAGCGGAGGAAGAUCUUCCGCCGGAUCUUCGCCGGAAUCCUAGUAUUCCUCUUCAUCGUCCUUGUCACCAUCCUCAUAGUCUGGGCCGUACUCCGGCCCAGCAAGCCCAGCUUCCUCCUCCAGGACGCCACCGUCUACGCCUUCAACGCCACCACGCCCAACUUCCUCACCUCCAACCUCCAGGUCACCUUCUCCACCCGCAACCCCAACGACAAGAUCGGCGUCUACUACGACAAGCUCGACGUCUACGCCGAGUACCGGACCCAGCAGAUCACCCUCCGCACUCGAAUCCAGCCCUUCUACCAGGGCCACAAGGAGGUCAACGUCUGGUCCCCUUUCGUCUACGGCACCGCCAUCCCCGUCGCGCCUUACAACGCCGUCUCCCUCCGCCAGGACCAGUCCUCCGGCCCCGUCCAGCUCCUCAUCAAGAUGGACGGCCGCGUCCGCUUCAAGGUCGGCUCCUUCAUCUCCGGCCGCUACCACUUGUACUCCCGCUGUCAGGCCUACAUCCAGUUCGGGAAAAGGAACGCCGGCGUGCUUGUCGGCAAUAACGCCGUUAAGUACACGCUGGCAGAGCGUUGCAGCGUCAGCGUCUAGAAGAUUCAUUGGACCGGCGGGAUGGAAGAUUUAUGAGGUCAUCAAUCCUGAUGGACGGAACAGGCACAGAGAUGAUAACAACGCCGUUAAGUAAUUUUUUUAUAAAUAUAUCAUUUUUUUAUCUAUAAAUUUCGAUUAUUGUGGGAACUGAACAUGGAGAUGGUUGUCAAUUUGUCGUCCGGGGUUCUGGAUAUUAGGUGGCGGUAUACGUGGCAUGUUACUACAGGCUCCUCUGAAAUUUAAUUGUAAAUUUCAGCCGUUCAGUGCAAAUUGAAUAAUGAUAAUAAUGUUUU